AUGGAUUCAAACAGCUUGUCAAACAGACUCGGUCCUCAAGUAGGAGGAGGAGGAGGCGGACGCGGUGGUCGAGGCGGUGGCCGCGGUGGCAGAGGACGAGGAGGUGGUGGUGGUGGCGGUGGCGGUGGUGGACGAGGUAGAGGCAAGGGCGGUCGAGGUGGUGCAGCAGCUGCCUCGACGCAGCAGCUGCCAGCAUCAACUGCUGCCAGCAGUGCUGUCGCUACUCCCGACGAUACUCCCGCUGCUUCUGGCACCAGCACACCCACUUGGGCGCCCAAGGCUAUCGCUCCCGGCACCGACGCUGCUGUCUACUUGACCGAGAACAAGUUCGCCGACCUCAAGGGACACAUUGACGACCGUCUGCUUUCCGCCAUCCCGUUCCCCACCAUGUCGGCUGUUCAGGCUGCUACACUUUCCACUGCUCUUGAAGACAAGGAUGUCCUCGCACAGGCGAAGACGGGAACCGGCAAGACACUCGCCUUCCUCAUCCCUUCGAUCCAAAAGCUCUGCGCUCUGCCUAAACCGCCACCUCAGACGUCUAUCUCUGUGCUCGUACUCUCACCUACCCGCGAGCUGGCGCUACAGAUCGAGAAGGAGGCUCAGAUGCUGCUCGCCAACCUUGAAGGCUCGUUUUCCGUACAGCACGUCGUAGGUGGAACGAACAUCGGCGCCGAACGCAAGCGUCUUCAGCGCGAUCGUAAAGACUUGCUCAUCGCUACACCCGGUCGUCUGCUCGAUCAUCUCACCAGCGAUGCUCCAGGCUUGGAUCUGCGCAAAGCGUGCCAGAACCUCAAAGUGCUUGUCCUCGACGAGGCCGAUCGCAUGCUCGACAUGGGAUUCCGCAACGAGCUGGAAAAGAUCCUCAAGAUGCUUCCCGACCCGGUUGCUAGCCAGAGACAGUCGCUCUUCUUCUCGGCUACGAUUCCUUCAUUUGUUCAUGAUGUGGCCAAGCUGCGUCCCAACCACGCUUUCAUCUCGACGCUCACGGAGCAAGAUACCAACACGCACGAGCACGUCCCGCAAGAGUCGCUGAUCUGUUCGUUGCGUGACUGCCUUCCGCGCGCGCUCCAGGUGGUGCUGUCCGAAGCGAUUCGUUACCCGACCAACCACAAGAUUCUGGUGUUCCUGCCUACGGCCAGGUCGACCUCUUUGGCCGCCGCCGUGUUUACGCAGCUGCGCAACCAGCGCGGAUCAGCGUUUGCUAAACUGGGACCCAUCUUUGAGAUCCACUCGCGCAAGUCGCAGGCUGUCCGAACAAAGACCAUGGAGACGUUCCAGACGAGCGCUUCGGGUAUCCUGUUCUCCUCGGACGUCACGGCUCGUGGCAUCGACAUCCCCGGUAUUUCGCUCGUCCUCCAACUCGGUCUGCCCAGCAGUCUCGAGCAGUACAUCCACCGUCUCGGACGUACCGCCCGCGCAGGCAAACAGGGGCGCGGCGUGCUCAUCCUCGCCGACUUUGAAGCUUUCUUCCUCAACCAGGCCGACGUCAAGAAGCUGCCCAUCACCAAGCUGGACGUCGCCCCCAUUGAAGCCGAAGCGGGCGUCGCACUCAACGAGGUCACCCGCAACGUCGAUGCUGUCAUGCAGGCCAUCGACCCCACUACGCGCAGCCAGGCGUACCAGGCCCAUCUGGGCUUCUACAAAUCGUACCUCAAACAGCUCAGGUGGAAGCCCGAGGAGUUGAUUGCGUCGACAAACGAAUACGCUAGGGACAUUUUGCAGUGGCCUGCAAGUCAGGAUGGCGUUUGGGUCGGACCGCCGCUGCUGCAAAAGACGGUCUCGAUGAUGGGCCUCAAGGGUAAACCGGGCUUGAAUGUUGUCAGAGAGCUGCCGGGUAAGUCGGGAGGCGGCGGUGGUGGCGGCGGAAGGAACGGUGGUGGCGGUGGCGGUAUGAAGAGACAAGGUCAGGCUCAGGGUGGGCGCCACCCUAACAAGCGAUAG